GCCAAAAGUUCGCAAAGAUGUUCCUUCGGUCACUCUCCCCGACUUCACCUCCCAUGGAAAGUGAAAUACCGCAGCUGCUGGAAGCAUUAGGACCAACGCUUUUCAAUAGCUGACUUGGUUAAUAUAAUAUCAGGUAACCGAAGGAACGUCGCUACCGGUUUGUGUCACGUGACGCGAUGCCGUCUUCCGCGUCGCCUCCGCUACGUCACGGGGAGGCCGUGUUUGUGGUAGCGGCUGAGCUGAGGUGGAAAUACAUCUCCUAAGGACACCAUCACCGUCUUUCUACGUGCAUGCAUUGUUGAACUCUCCUGAAAAAAUGAAUCCCGACAUCGUGAAAGAGCGCAAAGCCGCCACCUUUGAUGUGGAGAAACUUACCCACAUACUGGACGGCGGCCCGGAGAAGACCAAGAGAAGACGGGAAAUAGAAUCCUUAGUACUCAGCGAUCCAGACUUCAAAGGAGAAGAUCCAAACUUCCUCUCCCGCAGUGAACGCUAUGACCAGGCUGUUCGGAGGAGCGCUCAGAUGAUCCUGAAGAUGAGAGAGUAUGGCAUAGCUGAUCCUGAUGAGAUCUACUACUAUAAGAGAAUGGUUCUAGGCAACAAUCCGGAGCCUGCAGGUCUCCACUACUCAAUGUUCCUCCCCACCCUCUACCGUCAAUGUGCCCCUGAGCAGGCCAAGAAAUGGAUUCCAUUGGCCGAGUCUGUCCAGAUUUUGGGCACCUAUGCCCAAACUGAACUGGGUCACGGUACUCACCUCCGGGGGCUAGAGACGACUGCCACUUACGAUCCAUCCACACAGCAGUUCGUCCUCAACAGUCCCACUGUCAGCUCCAUCAAGUGGUGGCCCGGAGGACUUGGUAAAACAUCCAACCACGCCAUUGUCCUUGCUCAGCUAUACACUUUGGGCAACUGCCAUGGCCUCCACGCUUUCAUUGUCCCCCUCCGUGACCUGGACACACACCAACCUCUCCCAGGUGUUGUUAUUGGAGAUAUUGGACCAAAGUUUGGUUUCAGCGAAGUCGACAACGGUUAUUUAAAACUGGAUAACGUGCGGAUUCCAAGGGAGAAUAUGCUGAUGAAGUAUUCCAAGGUGGAGCCUGACGGCAGCUAUGUGAAACCGCCCAGUGACAAACUCACCUACGGAACCAUGGUUUUUAUCCGCUCCAUGAUCGUUGGCGAGUCAGCCCGGGCCCUCUCUAAGGCUUGCACCAUAGCCAUCCGCUACAGUACUGUUCGGCAUCAGUCAGAGAUCCGCCCUGGUGAACCAGAGCCCCAGAUCCUGGACUAUCAGACGCAGCAGCACAAGCUCUUCCCGCUGCUGGCUACAGCUUAUGCCUUCACCUUUGUCGGCCAGUACAUGAGGCAGAUGUACAACCGCAUCAUUGGAGACAUCCAGCAGGGUGACUUCAGUGAGAUGCCCGAGCUGCACGCUCUGUCAGCGGGCCUGAAGGCCUUCACCACUUGGACGUCCAACUCCGGGAUCGAGGUUUGUCGGAUGUCCUGCGGUGGUCACGGAUAUUCUCAAAGCAGUGGUUUCCCCGACAUCUAUGUCAAUUUCACUCCAACUUGCACUUACGAGGGAGAAAACACAGUCAUGAUGCUGCAGACUGCAAGGUACCUGGUGAAGAGCUACCGUCAGGUCAAAGCGGGUCAGCAGCUCAGAGGAAUCGUGUCCUACCUGAAUGAAGCUGAACACCGGAGAGUCCAGCCGCAGUCUGUCGCUGCCCGACCCACCGUGGUGGACAUCAACGACCUGUCCAGUCUGGUAGAGGUGUACAAGCUGCGAGCCGCCAUUUUAGUAGAAAUGGCAGCGAAGAGCAUUCAACAAGAACUGCAGCGCAGGAAGAGUCAAGAAGAUGCCUGGAACAACAGCUCCAUCGACCUGGUCAGAGCCUCAGAUGCUCAUUGCCACUAUGUUGUGGUGAAGCUCUUCGCAGAGAAGCUGACUGAAGUUGGAGUGACAGCCAUACACUCAGUGCUGUCCACCUUGGCUCUGCUCUAUGCUCUGCACGGCAUCUCCAACAACUCUGGUGACUUCCUGCAGGCAGGCCUCCUCACUGUUCCACAACUGCACCUGAUUUCGGUUCGCAUAAAGGAGCUGCUGUCUCAGCUGAGACCUAACGCUGUCGCUCUGACCGACGCCUUCGACUACCAUGAUCGGAAACUCAACUCAGUCCUUGGAAGAUAUGAUGGGAAUGUCUACGAGAACAUGUUCGAAUGGGCUCGCAAGUCUCCCCUCAACGCCACAGAGGUCCACGAGUCUUUCCACAAGUAUCUGAAGCCACUGAGGUCCAAACUGUGAGCUGAUCCACCGCCGUUCCCAAAUCCCUGCCCACGACAGAACUGGACUUCUUAUUACUGACACUACUUUAGGACCAGAGAGAACUAGUUUGUCAAAUGUAUUACUGAGGUCACUGUUUUUGGAAUCAAGACUAUUGAGCAAAGUAAAAAGUCGCCUCCGAGGGCUUGACAAGAUAACAGUAACACUCAUUUUGUGCGAUUUAAAAAGGUAAAAUAACAGUUUGUAAACACAUUGGCCGUGUUAGUUUUGAACUGCAACAGCAGCCCAGUAGCUGGUGUGACGUCUCCACAGAAAUACUUCAAUCAUCUAAUGGAACUUAGCCCAUCAAAACAUUUUUUGUUCGUCUGCAGUUGUACGAAAAGUUGUCUGACACUCGAGCUGACAGUUGCGCAAGUGGCUCAGACAUGGGGGUGGAGGGUUGUGAAAGUGCAGUUGUAAUUGUGGUAGACAUGUUUGAAGGUCAUAAAUGAAUUUGUCAGUCUCCACACACUGCACUCACCCUGGGCUGUUUGCUCCUUUCUGACUUCUCAUUUUACUUUAAAAAAAAAACAGAAUUGCCUUUCAAGUUUGUGAAUGCUGUUGAAAAGCCUCUCUGCCUAUAUAUAUGUUAGGUUGGACUGAAAUUUGCGACAGGUUAGCAAAACCAAAUUUGUUAUUAAUCCUUAUGUUGUUUUUUUUUUGUUUUAUCAUUUUUUCUACUAGUACAAAUGUUUUUGUACUAGUAAGAAGUUGGAAGUGAGGAGUGGUUUUACCCAACAGAAACAGAAACUCUGUUCCGUUUGAGCUGGGAGUUUUGUGAUUGCAAGUGACAAGAACAACUCCACUUCGCCUUUUUUGUAUAUAACAACACAACAACACAAAACCACCGACUUGCUUUUACUUGGUGUGUUUUCAUAAUUUUUUUGGUGUCGACAGGUUGUCAGUGAUGGUGCCAUCAUGCUGCAAGUGGGUGAUGCAUUUGUCCUCCAUACACUCACUGAAGAUGUUUUUAGCUUAGCAGCAGAAACGCUUGCAACUGUUGCUCCUUUAUCAGCAGCCCACACUGCAUUAUCUUCGGUCGACAAGUUAGAAUCACAUGUGCUACUUUAAUUCACAGUGGCCUCUAAAUUUCUCCUGCUUUACUGUCAUGAGUUUUGCUCUUUUUCUCUGCUCGGUAUGACUGAAAACCCUCAAAUCUCUUGUUAAAAUAAAUUCUUUUUACUAGACGGGACAACUUAUCGAUCAUUUUUGACAUGCUGAUCUCCUUUUGCACUUAAACCAUGACAAUAUUUGUGAUAAAUAAAAACAUAUUUUAGCUACAACUGACGAGAAUGUAAUCUAUAUUUCUAAAGUCCUAAUAAGGGUGGGAUGUGUGUCUGUAGUUGAAUGUGCGCCUGAGGAAGAAGAUGUCCUUCGGUUUGUCCACGCAUUUUGAUAAUUCCGUCUUCAAUGGUCAGUACUUUGUAAUAACACGCUCUUAACUGUUCAGUGACCUAAUUUGUAUGACUGUUGAUUUGUUGUUAUUCUGUAUGUAAAGUGAGAUGAAAAUGUUUUUUUUUUUCAUUAUCUAACCUUUAAUUAAAUAUCUAAGCAUUA